UUUGGUGUGGGAGUGGACAGCUCAGACAACGCCGUAUUGGUAAUUGUUUGGUACUGUGUUACAGAAGGAAGUUUCUUCCGGUGUGUGUCUCCAUUUCUAAUCCUCCAAAUUCCGCCAUUGUUAACUUCUUCCACUUUCAGUUUCAGAGCGCCCAUUAACCUCUUUUCUUUUAUAGCCUACACCCAUUUUUUUUUUCUUUUUAUUUAUUUCUCUCUCUCUCUCUCUCUCUCUCUCUCUGUAACGCUGAUAAUUUUAGGGGGAAAAUGUCGUCUCCGUCUCCGACUUCUCCGCCGGCGCCUAGUACGACCUCACCCCUACCUCCGACCACAGACGCACCACCCCCGGAGGCCCCGUCUCUCUCACCGCCGCCUCCUGACGCUGCCUCUCAGCCUCCACCUGCUACAUCCCUGCCGCCUUCUACCACUCCUUCGCCGCCGCCUCCGGACAGUGCUACUCCAUCCCCGCCGCCUCCGGACAGUGCUACUCCAUCCCCGCCGCCUCCGGACAGUACUACUCCAUCCCCGCCUACUACUUCUCCUUUACCACCUACAGCUCCUUCGAGCUCUUCGCCGCCGCCGCCGGACAGUGCCACUCCAUCUCCGCCUACUUCUUUACCGCCUACAUUGCCUUCGGGCUCUUCGCCGCCUCCGCCGUCGAAUUCUAGUACACCUACGAGUCCAGGAGGACAUGACGCCCCGCCGUCGCAUUCUGGUACACCUACGAAUCCGGGAGGAAAUGAGGCUCCGCCGUCUUUCUCACCGUCGUCGGGAGCUUCGGCUGGACUUGUGACGGGAGUUGUCAUUGCUGGAGUGGUGGUGGUGGUUGUUGCGUNCAUUCUUUUGGUUUUGUGUUUAAGAAAGAAGAGAAGACGUGACGAGGAGUCGUACUACCGGCCGCCGCCACCGGGGGCGUUUAAAGAUGGCCCAUAUGGUCUCCAACAGCACCACUGGCAAUCACAUCCGCCGCCGCCGACUAAUCAUGUCGUCGGGACUGUACCGAAGCCGUCUCCUCCACCAGCAUCACGACCCCCGCCGUCUCCUUCACCAGCAUCACGACCACCGCCGUCACCUGCGAUUAUAUACAGCAGCGGAGGAUCUGGAUCUUAUUAUUCAGGGUCUGAAUAUUCGCAUGCUCCUGUUCCUGCUCCUGCUCCUGCUCCUGCUCCAUCUUCUAUUCCCUUGGGCUACUCGCAAAGCAGCUUCACUUAUGAAGAGUUAGCAAUGGCGACAGACAGGUUUUCAGAAGCCAAUCUCCUUGGACAAGGUGGGUUUGGUUAUGUGCAUAAAGGAGUCCUUCCAAACGGAAAGGAAGUGGCAGUGAAACAACUCAAGGCUGGAAGUGGACAGGGAGAGCGUGAAUUUCAAGCAGAAGUAGAAAUAAUCAGCCGUGUUCAUCAUAGACAUCUUGUUUCCUUGGUGGGGUAUUGCAUCACCGGCUCCCAAAGAUUGCUGGUUUAUGAAUUUGUUCCAAACAACACAUUGGAGUUCCACUUGCACGGGAAAGGACGACCCACCAUGGAUUGGCCAACGAGACUCAAAAUUGCUCUUGGAUCUGCCAAGGGAUUGGCCUACCUUCAUGAGGACUGUAAUCCUAAGAUCAUUCAUCGUGACAUCAAAGCUGCAAAUAUACUUCUGGAUCUCAAAUUCGAAGCAAUGGUUGCAGAUUUUGGGCUUGCCAAAUUGUCUUCUGAUGUUAAUACCCAUGUUUCAACUCGAGUUAUGGGAACUUUCGGCUACCUUGCUCCUGAAUACGCUUCAAGUGGGAAACUCACUGAUAAAUCAGAUGUCUUCUCCUUCGGAGUGAUGCUUUUGGAGAUGAUUACUGGACGCAGACCUGUGGAUACAACUCAAUCAUACAUGGACGAUGGACUGCUCGAUUGGGCAAGGCCAUUACUACUUAGGGCCGCAGAAGAUGGGAACUACGAUGGUCUAGUAGAUCCAAAGCUGCGAGAUAACUACGACCAUAAUGAGAUGGGUCGGAUGAUUGCUUGUGCAGCUGCCUGUGUGCGCCAUUCGGCGAGGCGCCGGCCACGGAUGAGUCAAGUGGUUCAUGCUCUUGAAGGUGAAGCCUCGCUUUCUGAUCUUAACAAAGGGGUUCAGCCUGGACAUAGCACCGUCUACAGUUCUCAUGGAAGCUCCGACUACGACACAUCUCAGUACAAUGAGGACAUGAAGAACUUCAGGAAGAUGGCAUUGGCAAGCCAGGAGUACGGCAGCGAGUACAGCGAGCCGACGAGUGAGUAUGGUUUGUAUCCAUCUGGGUCGAGUGGCGAUGGCCAAACAACAAGGGAAAUGGAAAUGAGAACAAUGAAGACAGAAAGUGGAGGUUCUUGAAGCUCGUGAGGAAGCAAAGAAAGUAUUCAUACACUAAUAUGUACAAUCUACAACGCCCUUCUAUCUUUCUUUUGGAUUUCUGUGAUUGUAAGUUUGCCUUA